AUGGCUACCCAUAACACCAUUAUUGUUCAAAGUCAGGGCCAAGCCGCUGUUACGGAAUCUCCCAUGCCCGCACUACCUGAUGAUUAUGUUUUGGUCAAGACUAAAGCUGUAUCUCUGAAUCCCACCGACUGGAAACAUCUGGAUCUCGAGGCAUGCACUGGGACCGUCAUGGGAUGUGAUUAUGCCGGAGUUGUGGUGGCUAUUGGACCUGCGGUCAAAAAGUCGUGGCGGAAGGGAGACCGGAUAGCUGGUUUUGUUCAUGGUUGUGAUACAUUGAACCCUCAAGGUGGAGCCUUUGCAGAGUAUGUGAUCGCGAAGGGAGACCUACAAAUGCGUAUUCCCGACUUUAUGAGCUUUGAAGCAGCGUCAACCCUCGGUGUAGGAAUCAUUACGGUUGGACAAAACCUCUAUCAGUCCUUGGACCUCCAGAUUCCGGGAGAACACGAUGCCCACGACAACAAGGAGAGCACGGACCAUCAAGCAGGCAGUAUCUUAAUAUACGGUGGCGCGACAGCUACUGGAUCGCUGGCGAUUAAAUUCGCAAAGCUUUCUGGCAUGCAUGUGAUUACUACAUGCUCAGAAAUCAAUCGCACGUUUAUGUACGAGUGGGGUGCAGAUGUGGUGUUUGACUAUCACGAUACUCAUAUUGGUGAUAUCAUUCGCCAAGAGACCGAUGAUAGCCUGGAAAUAGUAUUCGAUACAAUAUCGACGACUGAGUCCGCUUCAAUCUGUGCUGCAGCAAUUUCCUCUGCUGGUGGCGUAUACAAUGCACUGCAUGAUAUCCGAUGCCCUCGUCCCGAUGUGGAUACGCAUGUGUCGAUGGCCUAUGAUAUUAUUGGAGAGGACUAUUGGUUAGGAGGAAGAAAAAUCGCUGGAAACUCGAAAAAUUUGGAGUUUGGGGUAGAGUGGGUCCAAACUGUUGAGCAAUUGCUGCAAUCCCGCCACAUUCAUCCACACCCCUAUGAUGUUAAACCUGAUGGAUUGAUCGGUAUACCUAAUGGGCUGCAGCUACUUCGUCAGGGUAAGAUCCAUGCAUGUAAGCUAGUAUAUCAGCUUGAACAUGCAGACUAG